ACGUCAGUGCUCUGCUAGCCAGCACCAAGCUCGAUGGAAAUGUUUGUUCAAAUGCACUGAACGCUUCAAGCGCUAGAGUGCAACCUGUGGCCAGGCUAGUUGGGAGCUAAAGGCGUCUUUCCUUCCCCUCUCAGCAUCGAGUGGGGUUCUGCAGCUUCCCCCUUGUUCCUGCCCAGUGCAGAACCACCCGCCCCGUCCAAAGCGGCGUCUCCGUCUGCCUCUCAUCCCCCGACCAGACAAAGCUCUUCAGCUCCAGUGCUCAUCCUCCAGCAGUGACAGGAGUUUCCCCCCUUCUCUCUCUCUCUCUGCAGUGACUAACACUCAGGGCUGAACCCAGCUCGCAGCCGCUAGAUUCCGGUUUCAUUUCUGCACCGCGAGUUGGUGAGAAACGGGGAGCCCGCCAGAAAGCCCAAAUCCAACUCUGUCAGUGAACUGAUCCAGUGCCUUUUCGUGGUUAUUGGCAUGUCCUCAUCGCAAACUUCUAUAUUCCAUUCAGGCCAUCAUUUGAGCCCAAAUCAAAGGUAAUCAGAUGAUAUGAAGCUCUGUGGGGAUAAAUUAAUAGAGGAGGAGCGGAGGGUGAUAGCUAACAACCGUGAAUAUAACGAAAAGUUUCAAUAUGCUAAUAACCGCAUCAAAACCUCAAAGUACAAUGUUAUCACAUUUCUGCCUAUCAACUUGUUUGAGCAGUUCCAACGAGUUGCCAACGCAUAUUUUCUGUUCCUGCUGCUUUUACAGCUGAUUCCUCAUAUUUCUUCACUAUCCUGGUUUACCACAAUAGUGCCUUUAGUGCUGGUAUUAACCAUCACUGCAGUCAAAGAUGCUACAGAUGAUUUUUUUCGCUAUAAGAGUGAUAAUCAGGUCAACAACCGAUCCUCUCAGGUGCUCAUUGAUGGCAAGCUACAGAAUGAGAAAUGGAUGAAUGUCCGGGUAGGAGACGUAAUCAAAUUGGAAAACAAUCAAUUUGUGGCUGCUGAUCUGUUGCUGCUGUCAAGUAGCGAACCACAUGGUCUUGGUUAUGUUGAGACAGCAGAGCUUGAUGGAGAAACCAACUUGAAAGUUCGACAAGCACUGCCCAUAACUUCAGAGCUUGGUGCAGAUAUGUGUAGGUUGGCAGAAUUUAACGGGGAAAUCAUUUGCGAGCCUCCAAAUAAUAAAUUGGACAAAUUCACUGGGACACUAUUUUGGAACGAUAAGAAGUAUUCCCUAGAUAAUGAAAAGAUGCUGCUUCGAGGCUGUGUGCUGCGGAACACGGAGUGGUGCUUUGGCCUGGUAAUCUUUGCAGGGCCUGAUACCAAGCUAAUGCAGAACAGUGGCCGAACCAAAUUCAAACGAACGAGUAUAGACCGACUGAUGAAUACUUUGGUACUAUGGAUCUUUGGCUUUCUUGUGUGUAUGGGAAUCAUUCUGGGAAUUGGAAAUUCCAUCUGGGAAAGUGAAGUUGGAUACCAUUUUCAUAUCUACCUGCCCUGGAACAAGUGGAUGAACAAUGCGAUUUUUUCGGGAUUUCUAAGUUUCUGGUCAUACAUAAUUAUCCUGAACACAGUUGUGCCGAUCUCACUGUAUGUCAGUGUUGAGGUCAUUCGACUUGGGCAUAGUUACUUCAUCAACUGGGACCGAAGGAUGUAUUAUGCCAAGAAAAACACAUCAGCUGAGGCACGAACCACAACACUCAAUGAAGAGCUGGGGCAAAUAGAGUACAUAUUUUCUGACAAAACAGGAACUCUUACGCAGAACAUAAUGAUUUUCAACAAAUGCUCAAUUAAUGGGAAAGCUUAUGGAGAUGCUUAUGAUGAACUGGGACAUAAAAUUGAAAUAUCUGAGAAAACGCUCCCUGUGGAUUUUUCAUUCAAUACGUUAGCAGAUCCGAAGUUUAAGUUUUAUGAUGCGAGUCUAGUGGAAGCAACAAAACUGGGGGAUUCAUCUGUGCACGAGUUUUUCAGGUUGCUUUCACUCUGCCAUACAGUGAUGUCGGAGGAGAAAAAUGAAGGAGAGCUUGUUUAUCAAGCCCAGUCACCUGAUGAAGGAGCCUUGGUCACAGCUGCAAGAAACUUUGGUUUUGUUUUUCGAUCCCGCACCCCAGAGACCAUCACAGUGAAUGAGAUGAGCCAGCCUGUUGUAUACCAAUUGCUGGCCAUUUUGGAUUUCAACAAUGUGCGAAAGAGGAUGUCAGUGAUUGUUCGGAAUCCUGAAGGACAAAUAAGACUUUACUCAAAGGGAGCUGAUACAAUUUUGUUUGAAAGACUUCAUCCAUCUAAUGAAGACCUGAUGUGUGUCACCUCAGACCAUCUCAGUGAAUUUGCAGGCGAAGGUCUACGGACAUUAGUGCUCGCCUACAAAGAUCUGGAUGAAGCUUACUUUAAUAAGUGGCAGAUAAGACACCAUAAUGCCAGCACUGCUCUUGAAAACCGAGAUGAACAGCUUUCUGCCUUGUAUGAAGAGAUUGAACAGGACCUGAUGUUGCUAGGUGCCACUGCUGUAGAAGACAAAUUACAAGAAGGGGUUUCUGACACGAUUGCCAACCUAACCCUGGCCAAUAUCAAGGUUUGGGUACUUACUGGAGAUAAGCAAGAGACUGCAAUGAAUAUUGGAUACUCUUGCAACAUUUUAACAGAUGACAUGAAUGAAAUUUUCAUUGUGUCAGGCUACACUGUACUUGAAGUCCGUGAACAACUCCGGAAAGCGACACAGCAAAUGAUGGGAACGUCUAUUUGCAAUGGACAUGCUGUCUCUGAAAAGAAUGGAACUUUGAAGUUAGAAUCGGUGAUUGAAGAGACUGUUAUGGGAGACUAUGCGUUGGUUAUUAAUGGACACAGUUUGGCGCAUGCACUCGAGGCAGACAUGCAGCGUGAGUUCCUGGACUUGGCGAGCAUGUGCAGAACUGUAAUUUGCUGUCGAGUCACACCGUUACAGAAAGCCCAAGUCGUUGAGCUUGUCAAAACGUACAAGAAAGCUGUCACGCUGGCUAUAGGUGAUGGAGCAAAUGAUGUCAGCAUGAUUAAAAAUGCGCAUAUUGGAGUUGGGAUCAGUGGCCAGGAAGGCAUGCAGGCUGUUCUAGCCAGUGACUAUUCAUUUGGACAAUUCAGAUACCUUCAGCGACUUUUGUUGGUCCACGGGAGAUGGUCCUAUUUGAGAAUGUGCAAGUUCCUCUAUUACUUUUUCUACAAGAAUUUUGCAUUCACUCUUGUACACUUCUGGUUUGGUUUCUUCUGUGGAUUCUCUGCACAGACUGUUUAUGAUCAGUGGUUUAUUACCUUGUACAACAUAGUUUACACUUCUCUUCCUGUUCUGGCCAUGGGCAUAUUUGAUCAGGAUGUCAAUGAACAGAAAAGUUUGGAAUACACAAGACUGUAUGAACCAGGACAACUUAACCUAUUGUUCAAUAAGCGGGAGUUCUUCAUCUGCAUAGUCCAAGGAGUCUACACCUCCAUUGUUCUUUUCUUUAUUCCAUACGGUGCAUUUUGUGACACUACAAGAGAUGAUGGGACACAUCUUUCUGAUUAUCAGUCAUUUGCUGUUACUGUGGCAACAUCUUUGGUGAUUGUGGUUAGUGUGCAAAUUGGGCUUGACACUAGCUACUGGACCGCAGUGAAUCACUUCUUCAUAUGGGGGAGCGUGGCUGUCUAUUUCUCCAUCUUAUUCGCCAUGCACAGUAAUGGAUUGUUCUCAAUAUUCCCAGGCCAGUUUCCUUUUGUAGGAAAUGCUCGGAAUUCCCUGGCCCAUCUCACCGUGUGGCUUGUCAUAAUUGUGACCACCGUACUAUGCAUCGUGCCAGUAGUUGCAAUCAGGUUCCUGAUGGUAGAUUUGAAACCAACCUUGAGUGACAAGGUACGAUACAUGCAACGCAUCAGGAGAAAACAGAAGCCAGUGCAGCACCGUAUGCGGCGUGUAAACCGUACGAGCUCAAGAAGGUCUGGCUACGCAUUUGCUCAUCAAGAGGGCUUUGGUGAACUCAUUACCUCUGGAAGGAACAUGCGCUUCAAUAAAACAUCGACGACGGCAACUGGGAGGUCAAUGCCAAGCAGCACCAGUUGGAUUGAAACUUUACGAAAGAAAACAACAGACACCGUAAAUAGCUUUGGCAGCGACAAGAAUAUAAAACAGUAGAGCAGCAGCUAUUUGGAAGGAACGAUGCCUUUCCUUGUUUUAAACUUGGCCGUAGUUUGUACUGUGCUGCAUGUCUGCGAAGCUCGAAUCACCACUGGCUGAAGAGUCACCAAGUGAUGAACUCUUGUUUCAGAGCGGUCACACGUGAAUUUUUCGUGCAAUGCUGGACAACCAUGAUGGAGUCCUCAUUGCCAGGUGGCAAAUGUUAACAAGAAUUGAGUUCAAAUUUACAAUUUGUGUAAAUGUGACAAAAAUGUCAGCUCAAUUGAAAUUGAGUGUUUUGAGGCACUUGUCAGUAUAUCAGCUGACGUUCCCGUUACAAAACAAGUUUUUAUUUCUAAGCUGUAAAUAUUUUUUAGCUUUUGAAAACAUUUUUGUAAUGCAAGAGAGCAACAGUUGCAUCAUGACAUGCUGCUCAACUUAAAAGGACGUAUAUAAAUAAGAUUACAGAAAAUUGGCAGAGCAACAUAUCUAAUAUAAUUCAUUUCAUUCACUAUAGGGACCCAAUUAUAUUCUAUUCUGUCUAAGAAUGUUACACUGUGGUCCUGUAGCUAUGACCUCAUUUGAGGAGUUAGUGCCUUUGAGUUUCCUUGCACGAGGAACAACUUUAUUUGAAUGUAUGUAUGUAUGUAUGUAUGGUUCUGAAAACUACACAUUGCAUUUACAAACACUUCAUGCUUUAAUGGUUCGGUUUAACUUCACUUCUGAUUGUAUUUCUGCAGUGAAGUACAACUGCUAACCUUAUCAGAAUCGUUACCUUUGCAAUAUGUUUUCUACAAGAUAUUUGCUCUUCAUACAGUUACUCUUUAUAUAUCAAUGUAUUCGCACUAUUUUUCCAAGAGGGAACAUCAAACAGACAAAGUCUGUUUUAAGACUUGUGGACAUAGUAAACACAUCAUUUGGUUUCAGCUUUGUUCAAAUGUGUCUUUAGUCCCAGACUUUUGGCCACUUCUAUCUCCCAGCAACCAUUCAUUGUUUGGCUCUUCAUAAAGUCAGAUUUCCCCAUUUUAUUAGGAUUUUCAUGUACAUGUCUUAGUUGCCUCAUUUUCUCCAAUUACAGCAUUGUCAACACUUCAAAAGUAUUUCACCGGUUAUGAAAAGCUGUCUUGAUGUCAUAAAAGGCAUUGUGUGAAUGCAGUUAUUUCUUUGUAGAGAAGGAGCCCAUUUUGGUAAUUUAGUUUCCUACAGUAGUAUUGAACUUCAGCAAGCAUCGUUAAAAUAUCUUCUGUCUUUAGUAUUACUGCUUAUUUAUAUUUGUUAUAUUAAAACUGGGCCAUACCCCUAGAAUCCAACAGUACUGUACCCGUACACUUAUGGUUUAAGUGAAGGCAGACAUACCAUGCAAUACAGCUGUGCAUUUUCAGUGGACAAGGUAAUAAACAAGAAGACUGUACCCCAUCUCUCCCAAUUUCCAUACAACGGAAAAUCUAGCCUCUGAUGUGCUCCCCAUCUUCCCCUAGCAACCCCCAACCUAACAGCAAAGGGUUAUUCCUAACUCAGCAUUUGCAACCUUCUGUUGCCUUACUGAACAAAAUGGUCCCCUGAGCCCUUCCAUAGGGAGCAUCAAUCUGACCUUUCAGUCCCAUUCCGAGGUCAAAUGAUCGCUAUCCUAUUGAAAACAACUUCAGUCUUUUCUCUAAGGAUGAAUAAUCAUUUCUUAUCAUUCCAUUCACAGGUGUGGCCUUCCCUGACCCCAGUCCCAUUCAAACUCUUGAACAAAUAUGCCAUUGCCAAGAACUGCAGAGUGCUUCAUUGUCCUCUAUCCCUCUCUGCCAUUGUGCUCUUUUCCUUCAUUCCUUUUCCUGCACCCUCAUUCUUUCCCUUUUCCUUCCAUCUCCUCUGAUCUACUUCCAGUUGUCUCAUUCCCUUCUAAUUUGAUUGACAUGAAUACUAAUCUUACUCUUGACAUCACAUAUUGGCCAUUGCAUUUGACCUGCCACAUUCCAUCUGAAGUGCAAUAUUGCCCUCAGUCAGUGUCCAGAUUGUGCUUCCUUUUUUUUUCUGUUGUGCUAAUCAUUGUAGUUACAUUACUGGAUUAGUGAUCCCGAGGUCUGAAUGAAUGACUUGAAGACAAGUUCAAAUUACACCAUGGCACUGGGGAGUUUGAAUUCAGUUAAUAAAUAAAACUGGAAUUAAAAAAUGCCAAUGUAAGUGUUGUGGCCAUGAAAACUACCAGAUUGUCAUUUUUAAAAUCAAUUGAUGGCCUUGAGGGAAGGAUACCUAUUGUCCUGCCUGGGUCUGGCUUAUAUGUAACUCCUUGCCAGCAGCAAUGUGGCUAACUCUUAACUAUUGUCUGCAGUGGCCAAGCAAGUUAAUUAAUUGUAUUCAAGAGAGUGCUUCACCACUGCCAUCUGUAGUGCAAUUAGGAAUGGGCAAUACUCCUGAAACAUGCCUCUUGGACAGGUACCAUGAGCACAAUCCUCCACCGACAAGAGACAUGGUGAAGGGGAAGUAGUUGGGCACAUUGACCUGGAGAGAAACUCACCCACUUUGUGUCACCUCACUUACUAAGUUUAGGGUGAGAAGGUCCACUGAGAGUCUUCUUAACCAGUCACCCAUUUAGGCUAGUAAGUAGUCAAUUAAUCAAGUUUAAUCUCACCACCGACAUGAUUACCUGACAAGCGAGAAAGGUGACUAAUCUUCCCUCCUCGAAACCAUAUUAACCUGCGUGCCAGGUUUGUGUGGGCAGGGGAAGCAUUCUCCCAUUGCCUCAAGCAUCUGAAAGCUACCAACUGCCUUCGCCUCCAACCUCCCAUUCCCCAUGGUCUCCAUGUGAGUUACUUAGACCAUUUUUAGAACCUAGAAGCUGCUAGUUAUCUGGAUGUCAGUGUUGGGACCUCUAUUAGGCCAAGAAUCCCACCCACAUUUACCUGUGAGCUCUUAAUGACCUGAUUAGGCUGGUACAGUGGCUCAGUGGUUAGCUUUGUUGUCUCUCAGUGCCAGGGACUGGUGUGAUUCCAGCUUCAGGUGACUCUCUGUGUGGAGCUUGCACGUUGUGAUAGUGUCUGUGUGUGGGUUUCCUUCAGGUGCUCUAGUUUCCUUCCACAGUCCAAAGAUGUGCAGGUGAGGUGGAUCGGCCAUGCUAAAUUGCCCAUAGUGUUCAGGGAUGUGUAGGUUAGAUGGGUUAUCCAUGGGAAAUAUGGAGUUCUGGGGGUAGGGGGCUGGGUUUGGGUGGCAUGCUCUUCAGAGGAUCAGUGCAGCCUUAAUUGGACAAAUGGCCUCUUGCUGCACUUAGGUAUUCUAUGAUUGACAGGUGAUUAGAUGAGGUAUUUCAAUGGUGGGGGUGCACACUACACUCAACAAAAAAAAGGGAAACCUCUGCCUGAAAUCUUAAAUGUUCAUGCUAGAGCUGUUUUACCCUUUAAAUUGUACCAACACAGGUACAAUUUAAUAAUCUAAGAAAGAAAAAUGCCUCUCAAAACUCAUUAUGUAGAAAAGAUUUCACUCCUCUGAGUCCAAGAAUAAGCAUCAAGAUCUUGUGGUUGAAGCCGUUAUGAAAACAUAAGAAAUAAGAACAGGAGCGGGGCCUUUGGCCCAUCAAGCCUAUCCUGUCAUUCAACACGAUCAUGAUUGAUCUGUGGUAGGCAUCAAAUAUCAUGCCAGCUCCUGAUAGCCCUCAGGAGCUGGCAUGAUAUAGCCCUGAUAUUUCGUAAGUCUAGCUGCCUCCUCUUUAAAGACGUUCAGUCAGCAAACUGCCCUCCCCACCCCAGCACCCCCACCCCAACUCUCUGGAGCAGAGAAUUCUAGAUAUUCACAAUCCUGUAGAAGAAAAACAUUCUUUCUCACCCCUUAUUCUAUAACUAUGUCCUCAUACCUCGAAUUUCUCCCCAUUAGUGAAAACAUCUUUUCAAUAUUUACCCUCUUUCAACCCCUCAGAAUCUUGUACAUUUCAACAAGAUCAGCCAUCGUUCUUUUAAACUCUAAUCAAUAAAGGCCUAGUCUGUUUAGCUAUUCUUGAUAGGGCAAUCACUUUGUCCCAAGAAUUAGCUUAAUGAAUUGUCUCUAAAAUCAGCACAUCCUUUCUUAAAUGUGGGGGCCAAAACUGUACACAGUACUCGAGAUGUGGCUUCACCAACAUACUGUAUAUUUGUAAUAAGAUAUCCUUAUUUUAACUCUAACUCCACCCUUCCAGCCAACCAAUACUGCCAUAUUCCAACACCCGAGCAAUGAAGGCCAUUAUUUAAUUUGCCUACUGAAUUACUUGCCCUACUUGUAACUUACAAUGUUUCAUGCACAAGAACACAAAGAUCCCUCUGCCUUUCACUUUUUUGGAACUUCUCUAGUUAAAUAUUAGACUGCCAUUUGAUUCCUAUCAAAGUGCACACUUUACAUUUUCCUACAUUAAACUCCAUCUGCCAAGCUUUAUCUAUUUUCUCUAUCUGUAUCCUCUUGCAGAUUUCUUAUGACAUCUUCAUAACAUGCACUGCCACUUAUUUUUGCAUCAUCGUCAAAUUUACACUCUGCCCCUCUUCCAGGUUAUUAAUUCAGAUGAGAAAUAAUUGACUGAUCCUGUCUUUCCAACCUGAAAAAUGAUUCAUUAAUCCUAACUCCUUAAUCGGUAUGUUAACCAAUCCUCAAUCCAUGCCAAUACGCUACCCUCAAUAUGGUAAGCUCCUUUCCUGUACAAUAACCUUUUCUGUGGCACCUUAUUAAAUGCCUUUUGAAAUUCUAAAUUCACUUCAUCUACCAGUUCCCCUUCAUCAACUCUGCUUGUUAUAUCCUCGAAGAACUCAAGUAGAUUUGUCAAACAUGAUUUCCCUUUCACAAAACUAUUUUGACUCUGUUUGCAUUUGGGAAUAUCCUGCUUCUUUUUGUUUAAUAAUGAGUAAUCAUCAAUGGAAGUGAGGCUAACUGGUCUAUAAUUUCCUACUUUCUGCAUCCCUUCUUGAACAGGGUCAUCGCAUUGAUGUUUUUCCAGCCAGAACCCACCCAGAAUCCAAUGGGUUCAGGAAUGUUUCAACAAAUUCCUCAACUAUCUCUGCAGCCACUUUCUUCAAAUUCUUUGGAUAUAGGUCGUCAGAUCCUGGUGAUUGGCUACCUUCAUGUCCAUUUGCUAUGUCAGGAAGUUUAUAUUUAGUCAGCUUAAAUGCUUCAAUUUUGCUGUCAUUCCUUUAAACCAAUAUUUAGUUACACAUCUCCAAAUAUCUUAUUUUCAUGCUUGGUCAAUUUUGUGGGUUUUUCGGGAAUCGAAGCUACUUUAAAUGGCCCAAGAAUGGGACUGUACAAAAUGUACUGAUACUUGGCAUUGAAUUCCUUUAUACUCCUCCUAAAGCAGACAAAGUUUGGGAAACAUCCACUAUGUGAUGAUAAACCAAAGUCUGCUGAAUGAGAAACCAUAUGAAUAUACGGAGAGAGGAUUCCCAGAUAGCAAUUAGGUGUACUGUUAAACUCAAUGAAACAUUAAAUUUAACCAAUGUAUGAGAAGUCCCUGUUGAGAGCCAACUGUCUCACUCUUGUUUCUGAUCACAGUGGCCUCUCUUUGUGGCCACUCUCCCAAAAGGUAAUUAUUUGAGACUUGGUCCCAAAGAUGUUGGGUAUCCUCCCAUCUGCAGCCAUGGCUUUCAUAGUGGCUUUACCAUGUGUGAGAGCUGCCUGCCUCCAAACAGCCUGAUUGGAGGAAGAUAUGGUGGGCUAUGCUCUAAACAGACAGGUCAGGUGGCAGGUCACCAUCUUCCCAGCAAGCAAGGGAGAUGCCCAAUGAAAACAGCCUUGGUGUCUCUUCUCAAUUUGUUUCUCAUGUUUUUCUAAGCUGUGAAUGUUGCAAUGCAAGUGUUUGGUACUUUGAGUCACUGCUGCACCUAAAACAUCAAAUUCUAACUCAGGAUAGAGCCCUCUGUCAUUGUACUUCAGCCAGUUUAACAACGAUUUGGGGUUGUUAGUUCCAUUUCAUUUUGUGUUCCUUGAAGCGAAUGAAAUGACUGUUCCAGUAACUGUUACCCCGACCUUUGAUCUAGCACGUAUGAUCUCAAAGCCUAUGAAGAUGGUCUUAAUUUAUUGUAGUAACAUGAAGCAACAACUUGAGAUGCUGAAAUAAUAUCUUUAAUUUCCAACAACCUCAUCCUAUUCACUUAGAAAACUAUAGCAAGGGUUCAGAAUUGUGUUAGAAAUGCAAUCAGCUUGUCAUGUUUGGGACUCUCUUUUAAUUCAGGAUAAAAUGAAGGAAUGAAAGAAGUGAUGUGACGUGCUGAAUUCUGCUGACACAAAAUGCAGAUGGCCUUUUUUUUAACGGUUCUCGAGAGAUAGGGCAAGUUUUACUGGGAAGCAGGUGCAAGAUAUCUAUAGUUGGAGUCAAUGGAAGAAGCAUGCCCAUUAGUCGGUUAGCUGAAGUGGUUCGAGCGAGGUGCUAAUAAGGCCAGUGUCAUGAGUUCAAUCCCCACACUGUCAAACCUGCUGGCUUUCCCUUGAGAAGUUAAUCCUUUGCAGGCCCCCUUGCGGUGAUGCGGUAGUGUCCUUACACCUGGAUUGAGAGGCCUGGCUUUCAGUCCCACCUGCUGUAGGGGUUUGUAAUAAUAUUUCUGAACAGGUUGAUGCAAAAAAUAUGUUUUACAUUUUUAUGAAUAAUGGAAAAUGCACACAUGGUAGCAGCAGACAGAUGGUUAGCUUUGUGGAGGACAUCAGUUUGUAAAUGAUUAUACUUUACACUGGCUUACUUAAUUCUGAGAUAGAAUACAUUUGGGAGUCUAAAGGUUAUCUAAUUAGCAUUCUACCUGGGUACAAAGGCCAUGUGAUUCACAUUGCCAUGAAGAUGGGUUUUGAGAGAGGGUGGUUGCAUAGAUAGCAUUUCAAGAUAAAAUUACAAGAUUCUCCUAAAAGAUAUCCCUGAAUUUCACAGACUGAUUAGUAUACCAGGAUCUAAGAGAAAGGAGCAGAUAGAAGCAGCAAGUCUCUGUUGUUUACUAUGUACAAAUGUGGAUUAAAAAGACCAAAUUUGUAAUAAUUUACAUUUCUUUUAAAAAUCUUGAACUGGAGAAAGGAUUUCCAGGAAGAACUUUCAUUGCAAAUGAUAGGUCUUGGAUUGAAAAUUACCAGACUGGGUGAGGAAAUGAACGAAAAAGUAAACCCUCAGAAACUAAGAAUCAUCUUGGACUGUUUCCAAGAGAAUUGAAUGUCUACUUACGGAAUACUGAAAAAUAUAACCGUGAAGUGACCUUUCAGUUAUGUUGAAAGUAAAAGGGGAAAGUUGUGUUCUAUGGUUUAAGGUAUAAGUUGCACACUGAGACAGUGUUUAGUCAAUGUUACCUUUGGUUGGUAUAUUACACUAAAUGUUUUCAAAUAUAUACUCUUAUUAUAUCACGCUUUCAGCUAUUCACUGGAAAUUUCAGUUUCUUUUUAAGUUAUCAGUCUCAAUCGUAACAAUGCCAAGGAAAUACCAAAUUUCUGAUGCUGGAAUAUUCACCAAGAAACAAAAAGCAGCUUUUGAUUUUUAUAACUCUUCUACAAAGGAUUCAGGUUUGACCAGUGUUGCAAUUGAUGUAAAUUUGGCAAUCUUUGCAUACAACAAGGUCAUAGUAAUGAGAAACAAAGUAGAUAAUUUGCUUUGAUGCUAUUGAUUGGGGAAUAAAUGCUGAAUAGGACACCAAAGAACUCCCUGCUUUUCUCAGAACAGUGUCAGACAUUUUUUAAUGUCUAUCUGCAAGCGCAGAUGAGACCUUGAUCCAACAAGUCAUAUUAAAAUCAGUCUCCUAAAUUGCAUUCUUCCUUUGGUUUUACAAUCAAUUAUUAACCUAAAUGAGGUCCUUAAAUGAGGCUUGAAGCCACAAUGUUCUGAUUGCCACUGAAUCAAGACAGAUAUCUAUUCGUAAAUACAUUUACAUUUUCUAUCCCAUUGUAUCUCAGACAUUAGUUUCCAUUCAGUUAUAAUGUGACUGCAUUAAAUUAGAUUUGGCUGAAAUUUCAAAAGGUAGGAGUGUCUCGUUCAUGCAUAUAGGUAAACAGUAAUUUGAAAUCUACUCGGUGUCCUUUCAGACCUCAUCUGUCUAGUUUCAAAUUUAUUUUAAUUAGAAGUGAGAAAUGUCUUCCUUCUCUGACAGAAAGUUAAGGGCUCAAAGCUGUAUCAACUUUUUAUGUUCUGCACCUCACACUUCUUUUUGACUAUUUCUUAAAAGCACAGCAAUUAGCAUUAAUUUUACUGUCACUUCUCUUGUCAAGCACAAAAUAUUAUUGUAUUUAAAUAUUCCAUAUGUAGAAAUAAUUCAUAUAUGGUCAAUGUUCAUUGUUCAGAUAAUGUCAAGAUUGUUACUCAGUAAAAUAUGAGAGUAUAUAUACUAAUUUAUAAAAAGAUUUUUUAUUUUCAAUAUUUAGGUAGAUUGUCUUUCCUCUUGUGGCAUAUAUCAGAAAUACACUUUUUAAAUCAGAAAUAUAGCUAAUCAAGAAGCCCAAUUUUAACUUCUAUUAUGAAAAUCCAUACUUCUACAAAAUAUUAGAUCUUAAUUAAAGGAAAUGGUUAAAAAUAAUCUCUUUGUGCAAUAAUAAAGUAUACAUUGUAUA